CUUCUCAUCUCCGUCGCCUCCAUCGUCCCCCGCUCCACUCUCCGGCAGCACUAAAACCCAGCAAACUCACCGCAAACUCCCUUCUCCGUGCGUAUCCCCGUCGAUUUUCGGCUUCUCCCGGCCGUUUCUAAGGCAUUUUGACCUCGUGUCCCCUCAACAGCACUCCACGUGGAGUGUCCUACACGUGUCCGAUUGUCCCUGUCUCCGCCGCGCUAUUUCUCCCGAGGUUUGGCGCGGCCGUGCUGCGUAGAUCGCGUGGAGGCGAAUCUCAGCUUAAAACCAUAUUUUGUAGCCAUGUCAUAGAUAGCUUAUUGUCAUGUCUUCGAAAGGAUCAAAGAGUAAACCUGACAAUGAGACACGUUCGAGGCGACAAAAGGCCCUUGAACCUCCAAAAGAACCUCCACGCCCUAAAACGCACUGGGAUCAUGUUCUUGAGGAGAUGGUAUGGCUGUCAAAGGACUUUGAGUCUGAGAGAAAAUGGAAAUUAACUCAGGCAAAGAAGGUUGCAAUAAGAGCAAGCAAAUGCGCGGAUCAGGCAUCAAGGGGAGAAAAAAGAGUGAAGGAAGGAGAACAACGCUUGAAGAAAAUGGCUCUAAAUAUAGCCAAGGAUGUAAAAAAAUUCUGGAUGAAAAUUGAGAAGCUGGUUCUUUACAAGCAUCAGUUAGAGCUAGAUGAGAAGAAGAAGAGAACACUUGAUAAACAGCUUGAGUUUCUUCUUGGGCAAACUGAGAGGUACUCAACAAUGCUGGCAGAAAACCUUGUUAGCUCACCAACACAGUGCAAAGAUAUUCACAAAUCCUCCCGUCAAGAAUACUUGCAAAGACAAUGCAGAGAAGGAAAUCAAGAUGAUGAAAACAGAAGAACCCAAGGAAAUUUUGGGUCUCAAUCUGUUGUCCCUGAUAUAGAUGAUGACUAUGAUUUGAUGUCCGAGGAUGACUCAGAAGAUGAUGAGCAGACAAUUGAGGAAGAUGAAGCUCUUAUAACAAGGGAAGAAAGAGAAGAGGAACUCGAUGCCCUGCAAAAGGAAAUGGAUCUACCUAUUGAAGAGCUGCUUAAACGUUACAUGAAGGAGCAAGCCUGCAGAGGAAAUAGCCCAGAUAAGAAAGACAAUCUGUCGGAGGCAAUUAACCAUCAGGAAGAUAAUGGUGGGGAUGACAAAGGUAGGGAUUUUGCAUCCCCCUCCGAAAUAAAAAGAAACAUCUCUUCUCCAACUCCUGGUCGUGGUUGUGCUGAAAGCAAUGGUGUUUUGUCAACUUUGGAUAACUGUUUUUCAGAAUUGGAGCCUAACAAAUAUAUCAACACACGAAGGAAACUCCAGGGUUCGAACACAGUGCAUAUUUUGGAUGAAAUUAAAGAUGAGCAGGACGGUCUUGAUGAUGAUGGUGAUUUUGUUACUGCUUUCGAAGAUAGUGAAUGUUAUGUGGAUGAUGAGACAACUCUGUUAGAGGAGGAGGAACUAGCAAAGGCAGAGCCAAACGAUAGUGAAAAUGAAAUUGCACUUUUGCAAAUGGAGGGUGAGAUUCCUAUAGAUGAACUACUCGCAAGGUAUAAAAAGGACAAUGAGAGUGAUAUUACAUGCAAUGACUCUGAAUCUGCAUUGUCAUCAGCUUCUGAGUUAUCGGAUUCAUCAAUGCACAAAAAAUCCAAUCAGAAUUUACUAGAGGUUGAAUCAAGAGAUGUAAAACCAACUGCAUGCCCUCAGACGGACAAAAAAGAAGGUGAUGCUGUGUUUAAUUCCGACAAGGAAAUGGAAAGUGAGAACCGGCUGGCUGAUGCUGCAGCAGCAGCUAGAUCGGCUCAACCAACGGGUAAUACGUUCUCAACUACAAAAGUUCGCACUAAGUUCCCUUUCCUUCUGAAAUAUUCUCUACGUGAGUACCAACACAUUGGGUUGGACUGGCUUGUGACAAUGUAUGAGAAGAAAUUAAAUGGGAUCUUGGCAGAUGAAAUGGGACUGGGGAAGACAAUCAUGACCAUUGCUCUGCUUGCUCACCUUGCCUGUGAAAAGGGAAUAUGGGGCCCUCAUCUUAUUGUUGUCCCAACUAGUGUCAUGCUCAACUGGGAAACCGAAUUUCUCAAAUGGUGUCCUGCAUUUAAAAUACUGACAUAUUUUGGUAGUGCUAAAGACCGGAAGAUGAAGAGGCAAGGAUGGUUGAAACCAAAUUCUUUCCAUGUUUGCAUUACAACUUACAGACUUGUAAUACAAGACUCCAAAGUUUUCAAGCGGAAAAAAUGGAAAUACUUAAUUUUGGAUGAAGCUCAUCUUAUUAAGAAUUGGAAAUCACAGAGGUGGCAGACCCUUCUUAACUUCAACUCAAAACGGCGUAUUCUUUUGACUGGUACACCGUUACAGAAUGAUCUUAUGGAGCUGUGGUCUCUGAUGCAUUUUUUGAUGCCUCAUGUUUUCCAGUCUCAUCAAGAAUUCAAGGAUUGGUUUUGCAACCCCAUAUCUGGCAUUGUUGAGGGGCAAGAAAAGGUAAACAAAGAAGUUGUUGAUCGUCUGCAUAAUGUCCUCCGCCCUUUCCUACUCAGACGUUUGAAAAGAGAUGUGGAGAAGCAGCUCCCCCUAAAAUAUGAACAUGUCAUCUAUUGCAGACUCUCAAAGAGACAGCGCAGUUUGUAUGAAGACUUCAUUGCUAGUGCUGAGACACAAGCAACCUUAGCUAGCUCAAACUUUUUCGGAAUGAUUAGUGUUAUUAUGCAACUUCGUAAAGUAUGCAAUCAUCCUGAUCUGUUUGAAGGACGCCCUAUUGUAAGCUCAUUUGAUAUGAAUGGCAUUGAUGUCUGUUUGAGUUCUUCCAUCUGCUCAAUGCUUAUGCCCGGACCCUUUUCUGCUGUUGACCUUAUUGGUUUGGGGUUUGUAUUUACACAUCUGGACUACUCGAUGACUUCUUGGGAGAGCGAUGACAUUCAAGCUAUUGCUACUCCACCCUGCAUGUUUGAUAGUCUCGCUAAUCUAGAAGAAACAGAAUCUAGAUUCAACCACGAGAGAAAGUUGCAUGGGUCGAGCAUUUUUGAAGAGAUCCAAAGGGAACUAAUGUUGGACAGGCUAAAUGAAGUGAAGGAGCAUGCAGCAUCCCUAGCAUGGUGGAAUUCUUUGAAGAGCAAAAGGAGACCCGUUUACUCCACAGGUUUACGGGAGAUAGUCACUGUAAAAUAUCCAGUAUAUGAUAUUCACAAUCAAAAAAACAAUCCUUUUAUUUACUCCUCUAAUCUUGCUGAUAUUGUCCUGUCACCGGUUUCAAGAUUUGAACAAAUGGUUGAUCAGAUUGAAAGUUUUGUGUUCACAAUCCCUGCUGCGCGUGCUCCAGCACCUGUUUGCUGGUGCAGCAAAAUUGGAACAUCUGUGUUCUUUCAUCCAACAUUUAAGGAUAGGUGUUCCGAAUUGCUUUCAUCCCUUCUAACCCCUUUUCGUCCUGCAAUUGUCAGAAGACAGCUCUACUUUCCUGAUAGGCGGCUAAUACAAUUUGACUGUGGUAAGUUGCAAGAGCUUUCAGUUUUGCUGAGGCGGUUGAAAUCAGAAGGCCACCGUGCAUUAAUUUUUACCCAAAUGACAAAGAUGCUUGAUGUUUUAGAAACUUUUAUUAAUUUAUAUGGUUACACUUAUAUGCGCCUGGAUGGUUCUACACCGCCAGAAGAGAGACAAACAUUAAUGCAGCGCUUCAACACAAACCCCAAAAUUUUCCUUUUCAUCCUAUCAACCCGCAGCGGAGGUGUUGGCAUUAAUUUGGUUGGUGCAGAUACAGUUAUAUUUUAUGAUAGUGACUGGAAUCCAGCUAUGGACAGCCAGGCUCAGGAUCGUUGCCACCGGAUAGGACAAACUCGUGAAGUACAUAUUUAUCGGUUAAUCAGUGAGAGCACCAUUGAAGAGAAUAUUCUUAAAAAGGCAAAUCAGAAGCGUGCUCUUGAUGAUUUGGUCAUACAAAGUGGUGGCUACAACACUGAGUUUUUAAAGAAAUUGGAUCCCCUGGAAUUGUUUUCGGGUCAUAAAACAUUUCCAUUGAAAAAUUCUCAGAAUGAGAAGAGCUCUGAAGCUGCAGAGGUUCCUCUCUCUAAUGCUGACGUAGAGGCUGCUUUGAAGAAUGCUGAAGAUGAAGCAGAUUAUAUGGCACUGAAGAAAGUUGAACAGGAAGAAGACCUUGACAAUCAGGAAUUUACUGAAGAAUCAAUUGCGAAGAUGGAGGAUGAUGAAUUUGCUAAUGAAGAGGAGAUGAAGGCUGAAGAACAUUAUACUGAUGAUAAUAAAGAAAAAGCUGAUGUCCCAAACGGGAGUGGUCCAACUGAGGAUCAUAUGAUCUCUUUACUAGGUAAAGAUGAAGAUUCUGAUGUGCUGGAAGAUGUAAAACAGAUGGCUGAGGCUGCUGCAGCUGCAGGUGGGGGCCAGGCAAUUUUGUCCUUUGAGAGUCAACUACGUCCCAUUGAUAGGUAUGCUGUGCGUUUUCUAGAGUUAUGGGCCCCUAUCAUAGACAAGACAGCAGUGGAGUUGCAAGAUAAUUUUGAGGAAACCGAAUGGGAACUUGAUCACAUUGAAAAGCUAAAGGAGGAUAUGGAAGCCGAUAUGGACGAUGAUGAUGAACCUUUAGUUUAUGAAAAAUGGGAUGCUGAUUUUGCAACUGAGGCUUACAGACAGCAUGUGGAGACAUUGGCUCAAAUUCAGUUGAGGGAAGAAUUGGAAUCUAAAGCUAGAGAGAAGGAGCUAGCUGAGUAUGAAAAUUCUAUUGGCAAUAAUGUUGCAGCUUCUCUUAAGCCCAAGCCAAAGAAGAAAUCAAAGAAAACAAAGUUCAAAUCUUUGAAGAAAGGAGGCUUAUGUUCUGAAAGAAAAGAUAUGAAAGAAGAGUCACCUAUUGAAUUCAUGUCUACAGAUGAUGAGCUUAUGUCUGAAGAGGUUGUCUCCACCCCGGAAAUUGUGUCCCCACGUUCAGUUCAACCUAGAAAACGUAAACAAGCAUCCAUUGGUGAGGAGUCUAAACAAAUGAAGAAGUCAAAGAAAUUCAAGAAAACAACAGAGGUUUCUCCUUUAUCCAUGGAAUUGUCAUUGCUUGGCAUGCAGCAGGAAGAAUCUACUGAGUUAAAACACCGCGAGAAGAACUUAGUAGAACAUGAAGUUAAGCCUUUUAAUAAGAGUAAGAUGGGAGGGAAAGUCUCGAUUAGCAUGAUACCCGCAAAGCGCAUUUUCAUUCUAAAACCAGAGAAGUGUAAAAAGAAAGGGACGUCUAAAGAUUACAUCCCUUUAGCUGAUAAAUGGUUGCCUCAAGAAGAUGCUAUAUUGUGUGCGGCUGUCCAUGAGUAUGGCCCUCACUGGAGGUUGGUUAGUGAUAUCUUGUAUGGGAUCACUGGUGGUGGAGUUUACAUGGGGAAGUUUCGCCAUCCUGUUCAUUGCAGUGAAAGAUUUAGGGAACUCAUACACAGAUAUGUUUUUUCUGCUUCAGAUGUUUUAAAUAGUGAUAAAGCCAACAAUUUUGGCUCCGGAAAAGGCUUUCUGAAAGUAACGGAGGAAAACCUUCAAACAUUGUUAGAUGUUGCCGUGGAACUGCCAGAUCGUGAACCCCUCAUUCAAAGGCAUUUUUACUCCCUUCUAUCAUCUGCCUGGAGGUCAAGGAGAAGUGAUGCGCGCAGCCAUUGCUCUUCACAAAGUGGUUUCAGACCUUUGAUGUUUACAUCAAUAACCAAUCACUCUUAUUCUCAAAAUCCCACACAUGCAAAAUUGGCAUUAACUAACCUUAGACAGUGUAGUAUGUUAGUAAGAGCUGCACUUUCCAAUAACCCUGAUGGAAAGACUGAUAGUUCUGAUGCUCUCUCUAAAUCUAGAACGAGGGAUGAAACCCAUGUUCCUGCAGAUGAGCGGUUGGAUAUUACUCUUGAACUUCACCAAGCAAAAAUUGAUAGGAAUAUUUCUAUCCCAUCACUUGUACACCUCGAAAUACUUGGUCUUGACUCUCCUUCAUCAAAACUACAAGCACCUGAAGAUAUCCACUUGAAAUGUUUUCAGCAUUCAGCUCAAAAUCAAUUUAGGGAUGCACUAAAUGUUUGCUCUGAUGGCAGCCGGGACGGGCUAUCACUCUCUUUUCCUACUGUGGAGCCCAAGCAUAAAACACCAUCCAGACCACAAACUGCAGGAAAGCACAAAUUCUCUCAUUCUGAUCCAGCAAAGGCUUCUAAAUCAAAGUCAAAAAAGAUUGCAGUUGAGCACAAUGAUCCAUGUACAUCCACUACCGAUCAAAUCUUCCACCCCACAGAGACACUAGGGAAUGAUUUCAGUGCAGAAAUCGGAUCACAUUGGCACGACUUUGAAAACUUAUCCCUGCUCAACACGAACGAGGAGGAACUGGAAGCUGAGUGCAUAGAUUUUGUGCCCCACAUUUACAUCCCCGGCUUGUUAUCUGGGCUAGACGACUGCUCAACUUUCCCAGAAUUCACGGGCAUUGGUUAGUGUAGGGGCAUGUGUGUUUUCUUGAUGAGUCUAACGUUAGAGUUGUGCUCAGUUAUGGAGACCCAGGCCACACAGGUGCCCCCAGACAGCUGGAGGAAUGGCUAUUGCAGGUACGAGCUCUGUUUUUGUUUGAUCAUAACUGUUAACUGUGUAUCCUGCUAACAAGUCUUACAUCACGGAGAAGCUAUUCAAAGGCGAGAUGAAUCUGAGGCGUGAUAGUACAGAAUUCAAACUAGGAAAUCACCUGUUUUGAUCAUGUAUGUAUAUUUAGCAGUUAAGUUUCCAUAGCUUUUAUUGUUAGAGGGAAAAGUUGAGCUAGCAGUUUUCGGUUUUAGUUAUUUUUGGCAGCACAGUCAAAUUCCUUUGAGCUCAUUCCCCAUUAACUUCUUGAAAUUAGGGAUUUCGUUGAAAGAAAGAAAGAAAAUGCCCCCCCUCCCCCUCCCCACACCAUUGAGAUUAUUGUUUUAAAAUUUGAAAAUGUUUUUUGCCAACUUAUGACGUUUUGUGGCCAAAACCAUGACAAGUGUGUGGUGAAGCACAUAAUUGUCACGGUUUUGGUGGUGACAUGUCACAGAACAUUGGACGCCCUUGGAUUAAAAAAUGAUUUAAAUAAAUGGUUGAGAUGCAUUUUUUUUUAUUUUAGAUUUAUUAACCUUGCAACUCUAUGGCGAUCCAUUCCACUGUCUCUCUCUAGGCUACCAUCUCUCGAUGUCGACGACGGCUCACGGGUAAACAAAGAUACGAAAUCCACUCACCAUCGCGACGCAAGCCUCUCUCUAUCUCGACGAAGACGACGGCUCACUGUCAGAGUUUCGUCACCUUCAAUUGAAGGUCGGUCCACUCUAAAAACUGGUAUACUUAAUUGGUGGCAAGAAUAUGAGUAUUGAGGUUACCUCUGAAGCGCACUCAUUAAGCUCAAUACCUAUUUGUCAUUGUGGACAUGCUGCAACACUACGAGUCUCACGGAAAGCAAAUUCAUUUGGAGACAAAUUCUAUGGGUGCCCAAAAUUGCGAACAUUGCCCACGGGGGUAUGUAUCUGAUUGUUCGUUCUUUGAAUGGCUACACAAGAAAUGUGAACCUACUACCAUCUUGAGUAGCAAGGAAACAGUCACUCCGACUACCCGGGAGAGUACAAGUGACUUUCAAUGACUUCUUGUGCACUUACAAAGAGAAGUAAUAGAUGCCACCGUCCGUGAACGAGAAGUACAUGCAAAGAACGUGGUAUUGGAGUCAAGAAUAAAAAAAUAUGAGAAACGAGAAGUUUUCUUGCAUAUUUGUAUUCUGUUUUUGGUGGGAUUGUUGUUGUACCAAAAUCUUGUUCAUUGAAACAAAUGCAGUUAGAUGUAUCAGUACCACCAUCUGUAUGGAAUUAUGAAAUUGGUAUUUUUUCCUUGUAACCAAUGAAUGUUUCUAUCUAUA